AUGUGCUCCUUCAGGUUUGCAAUGCUCGUUCUGCCGCUCUUCCUUGUUGGCUUGAAUAUGUGGGAGGUCGUGAGGGACGAAGGUUUUGUGGAGCGCGACUCCUCCUUGAUGCAUUAUUCGGACAGCUCACGGAUCCUUGACUACGCAGACCCGUAUAUCUCAGAUGAUUCCAGCAAAAUUGCAUCGGACCCGGGAAAGCGUUUGCUCCGCUUUCCAACAAUAGACCAACGAGUUCAAUUUUAUAUGUCCUCUUGGUACGAGCCACCCUGCGAUGAGACUGAGCUGUUACAUGUUGUCAAGUAUGCUGCGUGUAACGAAAAAAGUACAACAAUGACGAAGAAUGCCAAAGAGGACAACAUAUUCAAGAAUGAGAGUAGUCAGCCAAAUUGCUUUCCUUCCUUUGUACUCCAGCGUCAAAACGGACCGGAGGUCGACUCGCUCUCGGUGGUUUUGAAAGCAUCUGCAAAGGCUACUCACGACCUUAUUUUUGCGUUGGACAAAGAUUCGCUCGAUUCGUGCCAACUCAACCCCCAAGCCGAUCAGUUACAAGUUGUCCAUAGUCGCUAUUGUCCAGAGCUUCGUGAUAAACUGCUAAUGGUGUACCAGAAUCAGACCAACAAGACGGACAACUUGACCAGUUUUGAGCCCGCAAUUGCGUUUGUUCAAAUCGGUGAUUCGCGGAGUUCGAGAUCUUUGAAUGACGUCGGACAGCCGAGAAGACAGUUUCCAAAGCCUGCCGUACCUCACUUUACCAAAAUACGACCUGUUUGGGAUGAUGCAAGUACAAGCGAUUUUCUUAUGAAGGCAUCGUCUACGGCUUGCGCCACUUUGCCAACCCGACGGACAAAUAGAGGAAACCUGGAAUCGAUCAUUUGGAAAAUGGGAGCGUGGCGCCAUUACAAAGAAAUAGAGCUACUUCCAACUUUGGACGUCCCUUGGGAAAACAAACGGAACACCGCCGUUUUUCGUGGAGUAACCAGCGGAUACUUCAAUACAAGCAUAUCACCUCACGAGCGAUGCUUCCAAAAUCUACGCUGUCGGCUUGUCUUAGACCACCACAAUUCGACCAAAGUGGACGCCAGGUUCAGCAGGGUUUUGCCUGAUACCGUACCGACGGAAAUUGAAAACUUUUCUAUCGUUAGCAGGAAUCUUGCGCGGGACGAACUUUUAAAGUACAAAAUGUUAGUCUUCAUAGAAGGAAAUGACGUUGCCUCAGGAUUGAAAUGGGGACUGUACUCCAACUCGGUGGUCAUGAUUCCCAAGCCCACUGUAUCGUCGUGGGCCAUGGAAGAGCUUCUAGAGCCAUACGUGCACUACAUUCCGUUAAAGGACGAUCUCUCUGACAUGGAUACGCAGAUUGAGUGGAUUCUCUCACACGAUCGUGAGGCCCAGAAGAUUGCGUCAAGGGGUCAGCUUUGGAUUCGUGACCUCCUCUUUGACGAUCAGUCCGACAGCGACAAUCGUGCAAUCAAUGGAGAAAUGUUGCGUCGGUAUGAAGCUCACUUUCGUCCAGGAAUGGUAGUGAAGCGAGGCCCCCUCUUUCAGCAAGAAUUCUCAUAGAAGUAGGUAGUAA